CUAAUCCCCUAAAACACCGAAAGUCCACUUGAUAAGUGAAGGUAUCACCAUCUGCUGAAGGUGUCUCGCCCCCGGGUUUGCGUGGCGCUCGGAUUUAAAGAAACGUUGAUGAAUCUUUUUAGUGGGAAUACGUAGCCUUGUAUUCGCUUUAGUUAGCUGUCAUUAAUUCCUUUUUUGUGUUGAUUGAAUCCGCUGUGAUUGAAAGUGCGUGAUGACAGCACCGAAGUUGUAACUGCAGAGUUCAGAUGUAGUUAACUACGCUACACAGUGGGUGAGUUAGCCUGGGCUCCGGCAGUCAUUUGUUUACAGAAACUUUAAAAUCUAUCUUCCUAUACUUUGAAGUUAAGAGUCUGACUCACUCUCUACAGCUUCUAAAUUAGGCUCAUGGAAAUGAAAGGCGCUGUACUACUUUUUCUGCUGAGACUUUACAACCCUCUGGAUUUGGAGCAGUGUUCCCUGCAGGUGCUGGAGCCAGAAGGCAGCCCCAGCUGGAGUCUGCUGAGGCUGCUGGGGGAUCGGGGCUGCACUGUGCUGGAGCUGGCAGAGUCCCUGCAGGCCCUGGAGCACACUGAGGCUCUCCGGUGUCUCAGCCACUCAGGUGUGAAGAUUGUUGUGCAACCAGACUCUCAAGCAGUGCUCUCUGGUCAGGCUGUCAAGUUGUGCUGCUGGGCAGCAGGACACCCAUUUGUGCACUACCAGUGGUUCAAGCAGGAAAAAGAGGUUCCCCAUGGUAAUUCUCCAGAGCUGGUUUUGAGUCCAGUGAGUGUAAAGGAUUCUGGCUUUUACAUCUGCCGAGUGAACAGUGACUCUUCUUUCAUGUUCAGUCGGUGGGCACGCCUUGAAGUUCGUGAGCUUCAGGAUGCACCUCAUGGGCGCUUAAUGGGUUUGCCUGAAAACAAGCUGUGCAUUUGUAAUCAGCCUCAGCCACAAACCCUGACAGUGGGGGAUGCUUUGGUACUAGAAUGUGGAGCUGUUGGAAACCCAAUUCCUAAUUACCAAUGGUUCAGAAAUGGAUUUCCAUUGGCAAAUGGGAGCAAAAAUGUCUACACAGUAACUUACGUGGACGUGGGACAUCAGGGAACAUAUUGGUGUCAUGUGUUCAACGACCGGGAGGACGAGGACAGCAAGAAGGUAGAAGUCAUUGUAGGAAGGAAAACUAUGGCAGUGGAGUGCACAGAAGAAGAUUUCAGUGAUCUUCAGGAAUCAGCAGACCCACAAGAAGAACCAAGUCACAGACCUGUGGCCACAGACAAGGUGGCUCUGUUGAUAGGAAACAUGAGCUACUGGAAUCAUCCCCAGCUCAAGGCCCCAAUGGUAGAUGUCUAUGAACUGACCAGUUUGUUAAGGCAGCUGGAUUUCAAAGUCGUUUCUUUGCUGGAUCUUACUGAGUCUGAGAUGCGAAAUGCAGUGGAUGAAUUUUUACUUCUCCUGGACAAAGGUGUUUAUGGUUUGUUGUACUAUGCUGGCCACGGCUACGAGAACUACGGGAACAGUUUCCUGGUUCCUAUUGAUGCCCCAAAGCCCUACCACUCAGCAAACUGCCUGUGUGUGCAGAGCAUCCUGCAGCUGAUGCAGGAGAAGCAGACGGGGCUCAACGUCUUCCUGCUGGAUAUGUGUCGCAAAAGAAAUGAAUAUGAUGACACAAUUCUUAUCUUGGAUGCUCUGAAGGUUACAGCCAACAUUGUUUUUGGAUAUGCAACGUGUCAAGGAGCAGAAGCUUUUGAAAUUCAGCAGUUGGGGUUGGCCAAUGGAAUCUUCAUGAAGUUCCUGAAGGACCGUUUGUUAGAAGACAAGAAGGUCACUGUUCUGCUUGAUGAGGUUGCAGAAGAUAUGGGCAAGUGUCCCCUUACCAAAGGCAAGCAAGCCCUGGAGAUCCACAGCAGCUUGUCAGAGAAAAGGGCACUAACUGAUCCUGUCCAGCAAAGCACAUCUUCUACAGAGUCCCUGGCACGGAACCUGCAGUGGGCCAAAGCUCAUGAGCUUCCAGAAAGUAUGUCUCUAGAGUUCCAGUGUGGUGUUCAGAUUCAGCUGGGGUUUGCAGCCGAGUUCUCCAAUGUCAUGAUAAUCUAUACUCAGAUAGUGAAGAAGCCCCCUGAAAUCACAGCUUGCAGAGCCCACAUCACAGACUUCCCACUUGAUUUGGAUGUAGAUCCUAAAGAGACCAAUAAAGGAACUCCUGAGGAAACUGGAAGCUAUUUAGUAUCAAAGGACCUUCCCAAAUACUGCCUCUACACCAGGCUGAGUGCACUGCAGAAACUAAGGGAACAUUUAAUCUUCACUGUUUGCUUGCACUAUGAGUAUUCAGGAAUAGAAGAUACAAUGGAUGAAAGAAAGGAAAUUAAUGUUGGGAAGCCCCUUAUUGCUAAAUUAGGCCUUCACCGUGGAUUCAAACCCAGGAACUGUCCCCAGACCUGUUGCAUGCCUGGUUAUCCUUUCCAUAAUCCAGUAGAAUCGAGUCCAGAGGCAGCUGAACACUACAUCCCUAGUCAUUGCCAUCCCAGCUCCUCUCCAGGUGUUCACCAUCCAAACUGUGCUUGCUCACCCAGCAUCACACAACCAGGGGCAUGUUCCUGCAAUGGAACUUCCAGCACACUGGCUUCAAGACAUGAAGUACAGCAUUAUUCAUCCGCUGUGGAAAAGAGCAAUGUACCAGUAGAGACCACUGAUGAUGCUGUUGAACUGGAGUUCUUCCUCUCUGACAGCCUUAGCUUCUCUGAACAGCAGUAGCUGGGAUGUGUUUGGAAUAGAGUGGCCUCCACACUGCCUCUCCAUCUUCCCCAGUUUGGAGACUUGUGGGCAAGGCCUGGAGAGUCUAGAGUAGGUUCUGGGAAUGAGGUUGUGAUAAAAAUUUUUCAUAUCUUAACAGACAAAACUGGACCAAUAGGAAUGAAAAAUGAAUGAUUUUUAUUUUUUUCACCUACUAUAUGUUGUUUGAUACAGGGAAAAAUCUGAACUGCUCAGAGUUUCCUAUUCUGUUCUUUGGCCAUCAUGUGUUAGGAUCAGUCACUGAUGUUCCAGUGCUUUGGAUGUAGCCAAAAAGCAGCUCUGACUGCAUUCUCCUCUCUGAUUGUCAGAUGUCCAGUAUCUGACAGCAUCUGAGAUGGGCAAGAUCUGUGCAAGGAACCCAAAACCUGGAGAGCCAGCAAACUGACAUCACUUUUGUUUUUAAGAGAACUACAGAUUAUCAGAGGGAGCAAAGAAUCAUGGCGGAUUGUUUUUAUUAUGAUUUUUUUUUUCUUUUACAUAACACAGCACUCUUAAGAUUUUUGCUGAUCUGGUAUCUGGUUUUUCAUGUUCUGGAAGAACACUAACUGGAAAGAUGAGGGCAAGUCCCUGCUCAUAGCAAACAAGUUACUGUAUGGUCAGUCUCAUAGACAUGCUGAGGGCUGAAGCAAGCAUCACAAGAGAAGUGAUCUUUUGUUAGGACUCUGAAAGUCUUGAUGCUUUGAAAAUACAAAAAUAUUGGGGUGUGAGGAAACUAAAAUCAAAGGGAGUUUUCAGACAGGGGUAGUAGCCUCUUCAGCACUGGUAAUAUUGAGAAGAAGAAUUGCUUUAAUUAGGAUGCCCAUCAUAAAAACAAAAUAAGUGAAUGUUACUGAGGCAGAGGAGCCAGUUUCAGUCUCCAGGGGACAGUGCUGCUGUCUGGUGGCCUGGCAAUAUGCAGGAUGGGCACUGAGGGAUGUCCUGGUGGGCCAGAAAACUUCUGAAGGGAAUGUCAGUGCAUCUUUAACUAGGUCUGGUGGUCUGCAGGUUGCUCUGUGCUGAAAGGUGGAUAUGGGAACAUGGAUGUGGCUAUUCCAGGAUGAUAGCCAUACUUGAAGUAAUCUGUACAUGAGCCUGAAUUUGUUUUCCUUCUGCAGGGUGUUAAAUAGUGCCAUACCUAUUACUGACAGAGAUGUACUUGCAUUAACUGUUCUGUGCAGUUGAUUCUAAGUCAUAGCUAUAGCUUGAGACAUGGUCUAGGAGUGUAAUACUGAGCUAAUACUUCAUCAGUUUCCUAAUUUGUAUGAAAGUUUGUCUUUUUUCUUACUGUGUAAUAAAUCCUUGUCUACAGAA